AUGGCUUUGAUACAUUCAAAAUUUGACUUCGUGAAUAAACCUUGGUGGAGACCAGAUUAUGAUAACCGCGCUCCUCAGUAUUUCAUCUCAAGUACCAAGCGCUUCCAACAAGCCAUAUUAUUAUCCGUUAAUAACGAGGAUGAACUCCUUUGGAAGGGUUUCAUGGACCUUCAUCGCGAACGUUAUUUAAUCGAAUGCAUUUCAGCGGAAGGCAAUGUAGACCUUGAUGUUAUAAAACAGCUGUUAAAGAAAUCACGCUUUGAAGUUUUUCUGAACUACGCUUGCAGAAUAUUUUUUCCAAGAAUAAUUUUUGGCUCUUCUCGUUCUUCGCACCUAGCUAAAAAAGUCCAAAAUCUUCACGAUACCAUUAACGGCAUUUUCCCGACCAUUUUCUUUCCUAACCUUCCAAUGGAUCGCUUUACGCCUUUGCUCGCACAGCAGUUGCAUCAACAGAUCGGUAACGGGUUGAUUGACAAUGCGGGUCAGUACAGAACGCGAUACGUUAUGGCGGCGCAGGAAAACUACGUUUAUUUGGCACCAAAUUUGAUAGAGAACAGAAUAGAAGAGCUAUUCCGUCAAUGUCGAGAAAAAUUUGGGAAAGAGGAAUUGGAGUUAGAUGAAGCUAUCAAAUUUGGGGCGUGUUUUCUCACACAUUUCUUGUACAUCCAUCCCUUUAUGAAUGGAAAUGGGAGGGUAGCUAGGGUACUAUUGAGCUAUUUACUAUCAAAAUUCACUGUAGUGCCACUUUCUUUGUACACGGGAACGAGAACACGGGAUUUAUACCUACAGUGUCUGCGUGAAUCGAGGUAUCAUGAACCAUUCUUGCCCAACGCACUCGCUACCUUUAUACUUGAGAAUGUAUACAUGACAUCUUAUAACAUAUGUACAGUGAUGGACAUAGAUAUUUCAGAAUAA